UCUCUCUUUUGUGAAGAUAAAUUUUUUCUUUUUUGAACCGGGCUCAUUUCCAUCUUUUUUUUGUUAAUUAAAGCAACCGGGAUCAAUUCUCUCUUUUUUCCGGGCUCAAAACUUAUUUUAUCCUUCAAAUAAAGAAGCAUAGCAGUAGCUUUUCGCUAUAUGGACAAAAUAUUACAAUCAAAUUAAGAAUAUAUGUAUUUUUUUAUUUCUUACAGUUCAUGUUUUAUUUGUUAAUUAAAUAGUGUGUGGAAUUUGAGAUCACGCACAUUUCAAAUGUAUGUAAUUACGUGCGAAGUUUGGGAUAUAGUUGUGUUAGUCAAUCCACUGACUAGCGUGCUUUGUAUUAAUAUUCCCUGCUCGAUUUCGACUGCCAUAUUUCUUGCGAGUUUUUCUCUAUCGAUCUUCUUCCGCUAGAUGAGUCGAUCAGUUCUCAGUUGUUACCUAUCUUUUUCGACCGCGACCACACAGAUUACUAAUGCUCUACAUCUUGUUGUAGCAUUAUAUAUCUUACUAUUGCUCGUGAGAUUAAUGUUUCUGCAGCAAUACUAUAUUGAGAAGCACCGUUCAAAUAAUGUUUAAUUGCCAAUGUUCGAAAGCCAAUGUGAUGCCCUUCCUAUUUUAGCGCCAUUCAUGUGAUUAAAACGGAGGAAUUUUGCGGCUGUUCAUACCCUGAUUAUAGGUUCUAGACUCGAUUCUAGAAUUUUUAGACUGUUGUCAAAAAAAAUUUUGGUCUAAACUAGGUUUUCUCGUAAAAGAAAAUUUUUUUUCCCUAGAACAAUAAUUUUGUAAAUGUUGAAACACGUGACUUUUUACUAUUUUGAACAAAUACGAACGAAAUAAAAGUAAAAGCUAAAAAUAUUUAAAUUUUGACUAGAGAGGAUGGCCAAUACAAUGAUGGGUGUGAAAGAUGUGUAGCCUUUUUGAUUUUUGAAAGGCAACGAAAGCAAAGUCACAGAGUAAAAAUGAGCCAAUAGUUUUGUGAUCCGAUUUUCGGUAUGGUGCAGUUUUUCCAUCUCGUACAACUUAUUAACAGGCGUGAGUUAACUACUUUUUCUAUUUGAAAAUAUUUACUCUUUACUUUUUUUUAUACAGCACAUUAAAAUAUGAAGCCAAAAAAUGUAACAAUAUAUUCCUUUUCAUUAGUAAAAGAAGGGGGUGAGAUAUUCUUCACUUUCUUUAUAAACGGUGUUUGACUAUACUUUACACAUUUAUGUUGUAUAGCCUUUAAAUGAAAAGGUUAUCAAUAAGUAAAAUUUGAAAAAUGAACGUGUCAUCAUCUUAUCUAAUCUAAAACACCAAAAAGAGAAAAACAUACAGCGAAAGAAAACAUUGAAAUAGAGUAUGAUUAUAAAUAUGUUAGUAUAUCUUACAUAGAUUGUUUCAUCACUGAAUAUUUGUUCGCUAGAUUUAUAAUGAUGUACACACUAACAUUAGCUCUAAUUACAUUAUGCAUUUGUAUCGGAUCGAUCCGUGAGUAUUUACUUCAUUUCAAUAUAUUCCAAACCUUUUUUUCUUGUCAAUUGUUUGUUCCGCAGAUGGCAAAUCACAAGAAAAAAGUUCUGAUGUAAACACUGUUUUACGUGGUAGAAUAACUCAUAAUGGAGCAGGUACAAUACCGUCAAAUUCAAUACUUUUACUUGAAUUACAAGAUACAACAUUACAAGAUACAAAAGCAAAAACAAUUGCGAAAAUUCGAAUGAAUGCAAAAAAAUUUCCCAUUUUAUUUACGUUAAAAUAUUCAGCUAAUCAAAUUAAACUACAGAAUACGUAUACAAUAUCAGCUCGAAUUGAAGAUAAAAAGAAGAAACUUCUAUUUAUUAAUGAUAUGGUAAUCCAAGUGAUACCAAAAGGAAAUGAUCGAACAAAAACAAUUAAUGUUCCUGUUAUUCGAACUGGAGUCGUACAAUCAUCUGGUAAAAAAAUUGUACGGCCUUUUAGUAUACCCAAACAAAAUUCAUGGCCAAACCUUGUAGGUAUGAAGGGAGAAAAGGCUGUCAAUAUAAUAAAACAAGAAACUGGCUUUACAAAUGUAAUGAUUAUAAAGCAAAAUUCUGCAGUUACUAUGGAUUUUCGUGCGGAUCGUGUGCGAGUCCUUGUUGAUGGCAAAGGAAACGUUGCCAGUGUACCAAUUAUAGCUUGA